AUGUUCGGCGGUGGUGACCUCGGUGGUUUCGGUGGCUAUGGAGGCUUUGGAGGUUUCGGUGCCUCUCAAGGAGGAGGCUUUGGUGGUGGUGGCGCUGGGAUGACCCAGAAGUCUGUUGUUGGAGGCUUCGGUCCGGUCUCGCCUAGUACGGGUCGAUCCAAGUCGGACCCCUCCGCGAGGGAGUCUAUGGGGCUUAUACCGGUCACAGCAGCUAUGGUUAUCAACGCCUUUAAGGAGAUGGAGGUCGGCGAAGCGAAUUUCAAGUUUCAUGGUAAGGAGGCGUUUAUGAUAGAGAUAGUGGGAGCGGUCAUAGACGUGCAGAGGAGGGCUGACAAGUAG